AUGUGCCAUAAAGCUUUUUCGUUGAUGCUGGGACCGCAAACCAAUUUCAUCAUUGGUAGUAACGGUUCCGGAAAAUCAGCCGUUUUGACUGGAAUAUCGGUUGCACUUGGUGCUAAGGCUACUGACACCGAUCGUGGUAGCUCCUUGAAGAACCUCAUCAUGCAUGGUAAAAAUGUUGCCCGUGCAAUUGUAACUCUGAAAAAUGAAGGACCAGAAGCGUACAAACCAGCAGAGUUCGGACCCAGGAUCAUAAUAGAGAGAACCUUAAAAAUGGAAGGAGCUCAUACUUUGAAGAUCAAGAAUUCAGAGAACAAGGUGAUCUCGACGACAAGGAACACCGUCGAUGCAAUACUUGAAUAUUUUGGUAUUACAAUUGCCAAUCCAAUGACGAUUUUAACUCAAACCGAAGCUAAGACAUUUCUUGCUCAUUCGACUGAUAAAGAUAAAUUCAACAGUUUUAUGUCGGGAACCCGAUUGAAGGAAUCUUUUGACAACAUCAAAAACAUCGAAAGUAACACAAAUGAAAUAAAAGAUAUAUUGACUCAAAAUAAGACAGUUCAUGAAGAAAUGAAAAUUAAAUUCAAAGAAGCCAGGAAAGUGUGGAACUCCUUCAAAGAUUCAGAUGAAUAUUCAAAAAAAAAGGAGUUGCUUAUUGGUAAGAAAAUUUGGGUCGAAUACAAAGAAAAUGAAAAGUUGUAUUUAAAGGCUUCAGAAUUGCUUGAUAAGAAAAAAGCAGAAAUUUCUGAAAACGAGACCAAGAAGUCUUCAAUAACCGAAGAUAUUGUCACAAUGGAAAAGGCCAAGGAGGAGCUAGAAAACGGAUUACUGGAAAAUUAUAAAGAAAAGUACAUCCGUUGCAAAGAAGAAAAAGACAACUCGAAGAAUCUGAUAACGCACGCCAAAGAAGAAAUAGAUGAAAUCAACUCUAAAUUAUCGAAUAUUAAGGGCAACAUAGAUGAGAGUAAAAAGCUAGUUACAAAGAUUGAUAAAGAUAUUGAGCUUGAGAAAAAGAAAGUGGAGAGUUCGAGUGAGGAGAACGUUGAACGGUUGAAAAGCUUUCAAGAUAAACAGAAAGAAAAAUUAGCAGAUUUAAACAAACAAAAGGAAGAGAUGUCUUCUAAUAUGGAAGACCUUCAAAAAAACUUAAGUAAUAUAAAACAACAAUCUAGAGAAAUUAGUCAAUCUAUCGAAAAGACAAACGAUAAACUUGAAAGCUUGGCAGUAGGUACAUUCAGGUUGGAGUCAUUGAUUGAGGAGAAGGAAAACACAGAAGCCAAUCUUUCGCUAGAAGUUCAAAGGUUGGAGCCAAUUCAAGCUGAAUUACAUAAAGCCCAGAAAGGGAUGGAAACUCAAAUAGAAAUAUAUAGAUCAAUCUCAGAAGAUUACAACAACUCGCGUAAGGUUUACGAGAAAAAGCUCAAGGAAUUGAGUGGUUUUGACUCCAACAUCCAAUUUGGUAAAGGAAAUAUACGUACUUUGGAUAGUACGAAUGUCAAAUUGGAGAGCGAUGUUGCCAAACUAAACGAUUAUCUUACUAAGACUUCUGAUGUGAUGAGAACUCUUGAGACGCAAGCCAAUGAGUUUUGCUCUUUAGAAGAAGCUCAGCUACGACCUGGAGUCAGCACAAAGUCUAUCGAUGAAGAAAUCAGCGGUAUAAACCGCUACCUCGAAGAGAUAGAAAAUAGGCAAGGAAUAACGAAGGAACUAGCAGAAUUAAACUUGAUUAAAGCCAAUUCUGAACUGAAAGAAAUUGAAACUAAGUUUAGCGAUACAAUUGGUCUGUACAACAAGCUUUGUGCUGCGCUUGAGAAUAGGCUAAACAAUUUACUACAAACUACAUAUUUGACUUUCCAAGAAGUUGAAUCUGUAUUUAUAUCAGCGUUGAGGAUACGUCGCUUCAGAGGUAAAAUCGAGUUCAAUGUUAAAAAAGGGACAUUGACUUUGAAAGUUGCCACCAAAGAGACGGCUCCUCUAAGAUCUGUUGAAUCAUUUUCCGGGGGUGAAAAGUCUUACGGGCAGAUUGCCUUUUUGUUUGCAAUUUGGGGUCCUAUGCAUUCGAGAGUUCGAGGCUUGGAUGAGUUUGAUGUUUUUAUGGAUAAUAUUAAUCGAAGAAUCGCGUUGAAGUUGAUUCUCAGUAAAGUUGCUGAAAACCCAAAAAGGCAAACAAUUUUUAUCACACCCUUGGGUGUUGCCAAUGUGGAGGGUUUGGAUAAAAAGACUGUGAACAUUCACGAGAUCAGUCCGCCCGAAAGAGCUAAUGCUUAA